CCUACUUCCCUCCUCCCUCCUCCCGCCUCCUCUCUUCCCUCACCUCUCCGAUUUCCGUCUUCCGAAACCUAACCAAAGGCGUUGGAGAAGAGAGGAGAGGGAGGAGAGGAGUAAGCCGCUGCCACCAUGGGGAGCGAGCAGCUCCAAGUCCUUAACGCGCUCGACGUCGCGAAGACCCAGUGGUACCACUUCACGGCCAUCGUCAUCGCCGGCAUGGGCUUCUUCACGGACGCCUACGACCUCUUCUGCAUCUCCCUCGUCACCAAGCUCCUCGGCCGCAUCUAUUACCACGUGGAGGGCUCCCCCACCCCCGGCACCCUCCCGCCCCAGGUCUCCGCCUCCGUCAAUGGGGUUGCCUUCGUCGGUACCCUCACCGGCCAGCUCUUCUUCGGUUGGCUCGGCGACAAGAUGGGCCGCAAGCAAGUCUACGGCAUGACCCUCAUGCUCAUGGUCCUCUGCUCCGUCGCCUCUGGCCUCUCCUUCGGCAACAACGCCAAGAGCGUCAUGGCCACCCUCUGCUUCUUCCGUUUCUGGCUCGGGUUUGGCAUCGGCGGGGAUUACCCCCUCUCGGCCACCAUCAUGUCGGAGUACGCCAACAAGAAGACUCGCGGCGCCUUCAUUGCCGCGGUUUUCGCCAUGCAGGGGGUGGGCAUUCUCACCGGCGGCAUGGUCGCCAUCAUCGUUGCCACGGCGUUCAAGGACCGGUUCCCGGCUCCAGCCUACGCCGUCGACCCUGUAGCAUCCACCGUGCCGGAGGCCGACUACGUAUGGCGCAUGAUUCUCAUGUUCGGAUCGGUGCCGGCAGGGUUGACCUACUACUGGCGCACGAAGAUGCCGGAGACCGCGCGCUACACCGCGCUCGUCGCCAAGGACGCGAAGCGGGCGGCGGCCGACAUGUCGAAGGUCCUGCAUGUCGAGGUGGAGGAGGAGCAAGAGAAGGUGGAGCAGAUCACGGGGGCGCAGGCGAACGCCUUCGGCCUCUUCUCCAUGGAGUUCCUCCGUCGCCACGGCGUCCACCUGCUCGGCACCACCACCUGCUGGUUCCUCCUCGACAUCGCGUUCUACAGCCAGAACCUGUUCCAGAAGGACAUCUUCAGCGCCAUCGGGUGGAUCCCCAAGCCCGCCACCAUGAACGCGCUCGAGGAGGUCUUCCGCAUCGCCAAGGCGCAGACGCUCAUCGCCCUCUGCGGCACGGUGCCGGGCUACUGGUUCACCGUCGCGCUCAUCGACGUCAUGGGCCGGUUCGUGAUUCAGUUCGUCGGCUUCCUGAUGAUGACGCUCUUCAUGCUCGGCCUCGCCAUCCCCUACUACCACUGGAUCACCAAGGGCAACCAGAUCGGCUUCAUCGUCAUGUACGCCUUCACGUUCUUCUUCGCCAACUUCGGGCCCAACAGCACCACAUUCAUCGUGCCGGCGGAGAUCUUCCCGGCGAGGCUGAGGUCGACCUGCCACGGCAUCUCGGCGGCGUCCGGGAAGCUGGGGGCGAUCGUCGGCUCCUUCGGAUUUUUGUACCUGGCGCAGAACCAGGACCCGGCGAAGACCGACCACGGGUACCCGGCGGGGAUCGGGGUCAGGAACUCGCUCUUCUUGCUCGCUGCCUGCAACUUCCUGGGGCUGCUCUGCACCCUCCUGGUGCCGGAGUCGAAGGGGAAGUCACUGGAGGAGAUGUCCGGGGAGAACGAAGGAGACGAGGUUGAGGGCGCGUGAGGUGAUAAGCAGGAGGAGGGGCAAGCUGAUGCUGCCACAUUUUGCUCUGUUGUGUCUUCCACCACCGGUACUCUUCAUGCGUGAAUGGGUGUGAUCACGGAAGCUUGGUUGGAGACUGUGCGUGUUCUUGGUAGACCGUAGCAUUUGAAUCAUCAAAUAAUACAAGACAGGAAUGCCUUAUAUGACAUCAAUGUAUCGUUUUGUAUGAAAUAAUAAAGUGCAGCUCUCGAUUUAUUA